AUGUCCAGGGCACGCGAGAGUCCUUACACGGCGCUGGCGCUGCAGCAGGUGGGCCUGUCCGAGGCCAAGGCCUUGGUGGAGGGCAAGCGGGCGCGGCUGUCCACUGUCACCUUGAAGCAGUGGGCCACCCUGCCGCCCACCUCCUCGGAGCAGACCUCGACGAAAAGCUCCGCCCUGGCCGGGCUGACGGCGUGGCUGUGGUCGGUGCCGGAGGGGGCGCGCGCCCAGCUGCACGGCGCGCUGCACGCCGUGUCGGCCGUCAUGAAGGAGCAGCACGCCGAGGCCACGCAGACGGACCACGACCCCAUGCUGCUGGACCACCUGGUGGAGCAGGCCAUGGGCCAGGCGGUGGCGCUGCUCGGCGUGCACGAGCGGGAACGGGCGGCGCUGGCGGCGCAGAGGGACGCGGCCACGGCCAAGCACCCGAAGCACCCCAAGACCCAGCACGGCAAGCCGUUCCAGACGCUGCACCCGCUGAUGCUGUCCGUGGACCGGUGCCCCGGCCUGGCGUCGCCGUGGUCCUGCAAGUCGGCCGUGCCGAUGUACCCAUUGAGCACCGACGACGUCUACCCCUCCACGGCCAUGGUGUCCAGGGGCCCACUGGACCUGGCCCCCGUGUGCCCGUCCACGCACACCAGCCUGCUCAUCACCGAGCAGGAGGACGACGUCCUGGUCGCCCUGGAGAGCAUGGCGUCGGUGGGCAGCGCCGCGCUGGUGGCCAUGGACGCCGAGGCCGCCAACGUGCUGGUGGACGAGGUGGACGCGGACGACGGCGAGCGCGACGCCGAGCAGCCGCCCAGCAUUACGUGCGAGUCGCUGGACUCGGAGGCCUGCGAGGUGGAUACGCACUCCUCUCAGAACCUGGAGCCCGGCGAAGUGCAGGCCAUCGCAAUCUGUACCAUGCUGGACCAACUCAACGAUUUGCUGGACAACUUCAAGGAGAGGCCAGAAAACCGUCGGCGAAGCCUUCUGCAGACCGAACUGGAGCGAAGACUCACAACUCUCUUCGACCAAACGCGGCCACAGGUCGGCGACCUCGUGCCCACCGCCAAGAAGUUCGCCUGCAGCGUGUCCUACUGGAUGGAGACGUACCUGCUGCGCGCUGAGGACAAGCUGGCCCCCCGGAAGGACCCGCGGCCCUAG